UGGGGGAGGAGAGGGAGAGGAAGUCCCCUCCUGGGCAGGUCACUCCCAGAGGCCGGGCUGGGGCGGGGCAGGCGAUGGAGAGCAGAUCCGAGCUCUCGGGCCACCUUCCGUGCCUGCCACUGCCCAGCUGCCCGGAGCCCAGACGGCCCAGCCAGGCGCUCAAGACACCUGCCCAAGCUCCACCAUGCUUAUGGCAUCCAGCAGCACGUCUGGUAAGGCUCCAGCCCCUGGGCCCCUACCCAUCCCCCACCAAUCCCUCCACCGGGAUGAGCCAGCCGUGCCCCGGCCCCUCUCUCGACCUGUUCCACCUGGCAACGGCAGCAAGGAGGAGCUGUCGGACACCCGGGACCCACUGCUGGCCCAGGCGGAAUUGGCCCUGCUCUCCACAGUCUUUGUGGCCGUGGCCCUGAGCAAUGGCUUGGUGCUGAGCGCCCUAGUGCGCCGGGGCCGGCGGGGUCGCUGGGCGCCCAUGCACGUCUUCAUUGGCCACUUGUGCCUGGCCGACCUGGCCGUGGCUCUGUUCCAAGUACUGCCCCAGCUGGCAUGGGAUGCCACCGACCGCUUCCGUGGGCCCGAUGCCCUGUGCCGGGCAGUCAAGUACCUGCAGAUGGUGGGCAUGUACGCCUCCUCCUACAUGAUCUUGGCCAUGACGCUGGAUCGCCACCGCGCCAUCUGCCGCCCCAUGCUGGCAUACCGCCACGGAGGCGGAGCCCGCUGGAACCGGCCGGUGCUGGUGGCCUGGGCCUUCUCGCUCAUUCUCAGCCUGCCCCAGCUCUUCAUCUUCGCCCAGCGUGACGUGGGAGACGGUACUGGGGUCCUUGACUGCUGGGCCCGCUUUGCUGAGCCCUGGGGCCUCCGAGCCUAUGUCACCUGGAUCGCCUUAAUGGUGUUUGUGGCGCCUGCCCUGGGCAUCGCUGCCUGCCAGGUGCUCAUCUUCCGGGAGAUUCACGCCAGCCUGGUGCCGGGGCCGGCAGAGAGGGCCGGGGGCUGCCGUGGGGGGCGCCGGACAGGCAGUCCCAGUGAGGGGGCCCGGGUGUCAGCAGCCAUGGCCAAGACCGUGAGGAUGACGCUGGUGAUCGUGAUUGUGUACGUGCUGUGCUGGGCGCCCUUCUUCCUUGUGCAGCUGUGGUCGGCGUGGGACCCCGAGGCGCCCCGGGAAGGGCCCCCCUUCGUGCUGCUGAUGUUGCUGGCCAGCCUCAACAGCUGUACCAACCCCUGGAUCUAUGCCGCCUUCAGCAGCAGCGUCUCCUCUGAGCUGCGCAGCCUGCUCUGCUGGGCCCGGAAACGGGCCCCCCCCAGCCCGGGACCCCCCGAGGAGUCCUGCGCCACCGGCAGCUCCUUCCUGGCCAAGGACACUUCCUCCUGACAAGCCAGGCGGCGCCUUCCUUCUAGAGGCUCUGCGACGCUCAGCCACCUACCUGGAGCUGGCCCCGGGAGCCCCUGGGAAAAGGGGUCCCUCUGGGACUUGGCCGUGGCACUAAGAGCCAGAGGUCAGCUCCUUGGUGCUGGGUGUGGGGACAGGCUCCGGCGGCGGCAGCGCGGUGGCACAGGGCUCCCACCCCAGCCGGUGCCUUCCCAGAGACGGAGGUCCCAAGGAGCCCAGGAGGAAGGAAAGGGGGCAGGGCCUCGCUCGCCCCCCUGGCCCUCCCCUCUCGCUCUCCUGAAUAAAAGUUCCAGCUCAUUUUCCA